UACGAGCGGCCCAACGUGGAAACCAUUAAGUGUGUGGUGGUGGGGGACAACGCAGUGGGGAAGACCAGGCUGAUAUGUGCCAGAGCCUGUAACACCACCUUGACUCAGUACCAGCUACUUGCCACACAUGUUCCCACAGUGUGGGCCAUAGACCAGUACAGAGUCUGCCAGGAGGUACUGGAGCGAUCCAGGGAUGUUGUUGAUGAAGUCAGUGUUUCCCUGCGGCUAUGGGAUACGUUUGGAGACCACCAUAAAGACAGGCGCUUUGCCUAUGGCAGGUCAGAUGUGGUGGUGCUGUGUUUCUCCAUCGCCAACCCCAACUCCCUGCACCAUGUUAAGACCAUGUGGUACCUAGAGAUUAAGCACUUCUGCCCACGAACCCCUGUUAUCCUGGUUGGCUGCCAACUGGACCUGAGAUACGCUGACCUGGAGGCAGUGAACAGGGCUCGAAGACCGCUGGCUCGGCCGAUAAAACCGGGAGACAUCUUGCCACCAGAGAGUGGCAGAGAAGUGGCAAAGGAGCUGGGCAUCCCAUACUACGAGACCAGCGUGUUUGACCAGUUUGGCAUCAAAGACAUCUUUGACAAUGCAAUUCGUGCUGCGCUCAUCUCGCGACGACACCUCCAGUUCUGGAAGUCGCAUCUCCGCAAGGUUCAGAAGCCCCUCCUCCAGGCACCCUUCCUUCCUCCCAAAGCUCCACCUCCUCUGAUUAAGAUCCCUGAGGUCGUCCCAGGCAGCCGCGCUAGGGGAGCCCGCCUCCUACUGGACAGCCCGCUCUGUGCUGAUGUCCUGUUUAUCCUCCAAGACCACACCCACGUCUUCGCUCACAAGAUUUACCUGUCCACAUCAUCAUCCAAGUUUUAUGAUCUCUUUCAGAUGGAUUUCUCAGACGAGUCCCAGUGUCUGGUGGUGACAGAGCGACAUGCCAGGGACCACCUGAUGAGGACUCUGAGUUUAGACACCGAGGAGGAAGUUGCUGUGCUGCCUGACCUUUCUCCAUGUUCACUCAGAGCAUCCAAGAGUGACGGUACUCUGCGGAUGAUGAGUUUUAGUGGGAAACACCGGCGCACCAAGCUGUCUCUGGCCUCGUGGAGCAAAGCCUUCUACAGCAUCCACAAGGAGAGUGUACCAAACCCCGUCACCGGCCACCCGGCACCCAUGACGGUGGUCAAGAUGGACUACUCCAUCCAGCUUGGUCCCUUCAGUGCUGUGCUCAGGUUUCUGUACACGGGAGAGCUAGAUGAGAAGGAGAAGGACCUGAUGAAGAUUGCCCAGAUUGCAGAGAUCCUUGAGGUGUUUGACCUGAGGAUGAUGGUGGAGAACAUCAUGAACAAAGAAGCCUUCAUGAACCAGGAGAUCACCAAGGCGUUCCACGUCCGCAAGGCCAACCGCAUCAAGGAGUGUCUUGCCAAAAACACGUUCACAGAUGUUACAUUUCGACUGGAUGAUGGCACCAUCAACGCCCACAAGCCUUUGCUGAUCUCCAGCUGCGAUUGGAUGGCUGCUCUGUUUGGAGGAUCUUUCAUGGAGAGUGCCAACAAUGAGGUGGCGUUCCCCAACACCAGCCGGGUGUGUAUGCAGGCUGUACUGGAGUACCUAUACACCAACAUGCUGUCGCCAACUCCAGAGCUGGACCCCAUGGAGCUGACCGCCCUGGCCAACAGACUGUGCCUUCCCCGCCUCAUAGCACUCACAGAGCAGUAUGCAGUCAAUGAGCUGAUCAAAGCCUCUAAAGAGGGACAGGACAUUGAUGGAGAGGUGCUCACCUACCUGGAGCUGGCUCAGUUCCACAAUGCUAACCAGCUUGCAGCCUGGUGCUUACAUCACAUCUGCACUCACUACAACAGUGUGUGUGCCAACUACCGCAAAGAAAUCAAGUCCAAGUCACUCGAGAACCAGGAGUACUUUGAGAAGCACCGCUGGCCACCAGUGUGGUACCUGAAGGAGGAGGACCAUUACCAGCGUGCCAAGAAGGAGAGGGAGAAGGAAGACAUCAUCAUGAAUAAGCACCAGUCACGACGCAGAUGGUGCUUCUGGAGCACCUCCCCCGCUGUGGCCUGAUGUGUUGGGAGGUGGUGAGGCGAGUCAGGAAUGAAGGCUCAGUGGUUAUGUUAGGACCCUCAGACAUGAGCCACAAUAUAUUUAGUCCUCGCCUCCAGUCCUGUUUUCUAUAUGUAAUCCUCUACUCUUUCUCUCCAGUCUCCUCUGUUUCUCGUUUCCUUAGCUUUCCACCUUCACUUACCCUUUUCCUUCAUUCCCAUCCAAGGUCUACAGAUCAUCAGGUCAAAACUGUCAAGAUUCUGAGUUAACAGGGUUGGAUCAAUAUGGGGGUUUUGAUUGCACAAGUACCAAUUUUUUGUGGUUUGAGCCAUGAAUCAUAUGAACAUCAAUUAAUAGUUUCAAAUCUAGCCCAGGAUCUCUCUCUAUUUUGAACUGUGUAAUGAAGGCAACAUUUUAUGAUGCAAAACCUUCAGAAAGCAUAUUCAUGCAUAAACAAUUUGGGUUAAGGGCUUCCUCAAGGGCUUGUAGAAUUGAUUACUUAAAUAUUAAAUCUUUAUCUUUAAUAAACUGCAUCACAUUCAUCAUAUUUGAGGUGAACAAGACGGUCUGGCAGAUAUCUAAAGAUUUAUAAAUGAAAUUACAAUAUUAGCCCAACAUAUUGGAACAUUCAUUUUGAUCUAACCCAACAUGGAUGUUCAACAGCAGGGACUAGAGGAUGUUCUGGACCAGUGGUUUCAAAGUGGGGUCCAGUGAGCCCCAGGGGUCCUUGAGGGUCUUCCAGAGAGAUAGAAAAAUGAGGAAUAAUUUAAUUUCGCCUUUCAUUAGAAAUUGUUAGAAUGCCAAAAAAUUUUCUUCAUUCUGGUUUUUAUUGUGGAAUGACCUAAACAGUUUAACCCUUUGAAACAGAUGAAUCAGAUCACUGAUUCAGGAUCAGAUUUCUUGUGUGUAAAUGCUUGUGAAAGGUGUAUGAACACAGCAUUCAAUACUGAUAAAAAACCAAAUUCUAGAUGGGUCCCUGCAGGGCAAUAUCACUUCAAAUGGGGAUCUGUGGAACCUGAAAAGUUUGACAAAAGUUUGUAAACCCAUGAUCUAGACUGUGCAAAAAUGGUGGACAGUCUCAACCUCAUGAUUUGUACAUCUUCUCCUGAAGAUCCUAAUCUUGCCAUAAAGUAAGCCAUACACAGUAGGUACUUUGUCAAAAUUUAACACGGAGGGAUGUUUCCUUUUACUCUCCCGUCAAAUUUCCUUGUGCUGCCACAGCUUGUCCUUUAGUAUCUCAUUCUCACCAACCGCCAUGCCUGACACGCUGUUCUUUCUCAAACACCUCCAGUCCAGCUUUUCUCCCUACCUCUGCUAUCCUACUAUGUAACUGCGCAUCUCCCCUCACACAAGUAGCCUCAACUUCCUCUUCUGUGUGGUUUGAAGCACAAUCAAUAUGUGUAAAAACAAAAAAAGUAAGGACCACCAUCGUCCUAUCAGCUGUACACUUCAACUUCAAACGGUUGCUUUGAUAGCAAACCGCGGCUUCAUUCAGAUUGUAUUCAGUUGUUGAUUGUAAAAAAAAAAAAAAAAAAAAAAGAUUUUUUUGGGUUCAUCUCUGUGUGUCUGCCAGUCCAACACUAGGGCUAUAUUGUUUCCAUGAAAAAAGCCUUUUAGUAAUACUACAACUGAACAGUUGUGUGUUGUGGAUAGUACUUCUGGCCCAGGUUUGGUUGGCUGCACCCACAGCUUUAAAAGCAGCUACUAUAAUGUUUCCUCUCAGCAUACUGACUGUAACUGUGUGUGUGGCACCGUUUUUCUUAUGGUCAACCAUGCUAUCAUGAUCAUUAAUGUUUUUAACAAUUUAACAUUUAGGCACACUUAAAAGAAUUUCCAAAGUGAAGUCAAUUCAUUGAAGAUAGUGAAUGAAUUCUGCAUAGACAUUCAUUCAGCUGUGACCUUUCUCUUCAGUUGAAGUACUUGUAUGUGAACAUGUAAUGCCACUGAUACAAUCAUCUCUAAGUGGCAACCUGGAGUUGUUAGCUUUGUUGUAAGACAAGAGUAAGAUGAAAGGUAGUCUUGAGUUUUCUGCUUGGCUCUUGUGCUGGUAACCUGUGUUGAAGCAACCAGGGCUUGGAAUUAACACACAUUACCAGCCAUUACAAUGUUUUGGCUGCCUGGAAAGUCUGACACCAUGUGUUUCCUUUUGGGAAAAAUGGCUUCUACUGCUAAGGUAUGAAAAUAGCUGGUGAAACAGAAAAAUUUAGUUUCAUGCCGUGGACAUAGUGUGAUUGUGUUGGCAUUGACCUUGCAGCCAAUGAAACACCAGCCCUGGAGAUACACCAGUCUGAGGUUCGGAUUCAUUGGCCCAGAGUAGUCACCAUAAUGGACUCUUUGGUUAAAAAUGUAUACUUUAAGACACUAUUUCACAAUUACAUAAACACACCUACUAUUCCAAGAGCUGUAAAUGUCUAGCAAGAGUCAGUGCACUUUUACAUAAUCCAGAUCUAUGCUUCCGAAUAUGUCUGUGUGACUU